AUUCGUUCGCGGAACGGAACGCCGGAUUUGCGUUUCAAUUUUUGUUUGUUGAAAAAUUUUCUAAUUCCCGGAAGUGUUGCGCGCGGACUGAAAAAAACAAAAUGUCAAGACUGAUUCUGGAUAUGGACGAUAUCCUCUCGGAUUUUCAAUCGCUCAAGCUUUCCGCCCUGAGCAAUGCAGCCCGAGCCUCCUCGCAGGGCUACGGGCGAACCAUCGGUCCUGAUGAUGGUUUCGAGCAAGAACGCCACGAGAACAGCUUCCCUGGUGAGAACAAUCAGAAUGCAGAAAAUAUCGGUUCCCUAUCGGAGCUGAUUGGCAAACAUACAUUUCUUCCGGAUCUGAAGGUAACGUUCGUCAACCGAUCGGAUCCGAGUGGGAUCUCGCCGAAUGCACGGACGGUUGACAUCAGCGAUUGCCGGGCGGUUUCGUUCAAAAUGUAUGAGCAGGAGUUGGAGCGGAAGCGGAUAAAAGAUAUGAAGCAUGCGAUGGAACAAAGACAGGCAAAGGUGAGGGAAGCGGAUCGGUUGAGAGAUUUGCAGUUCGAGGAGCGAAUCAAGCAGGCUGGAAGCGAUGCGGCAAGAAAGGCUCACGACAGCGAGCAGAAACUGUUGGAAGCGAUCCGAGAGCAGGAACUGAUUGCGAAAGACUUUGAAGAAAAGCGCAAGGCGGAAAUUGACGAGGAGAACCGACGAUUGGCGGAAGUCUCGCAACAGUUGAAGAAGAAGGAGGAGGAGAUUAAGAGGAAGCAUGCCAUGUUUGACGCUAUCCGGAACAGUCAGUAUAGCUUCCGGAAAAUGACGGAUGCCUUCACAAAGACGCUGAUGAAUAUCGAUAAGGAAUUUUCGGUUCGAUUUAAUGCGCAGAAAAAGACGGUUCAGGGUUUGGUCAAAUCGUUCGAGCAGUUGCUGCAUAAUGUUAAUGCCACUAGGGAGGUUACCCAGCAGGAGGUAGACAAAGCCGCCGAGCUAUGCAAAUCGAUGGACCAGGCUAAUGCGGAAGUAGUGGAGAUAAUGAAUCGAAUCCAAACGGAGAUAGCCGAUCGCGUGAAGAAGGAAGAGGAACAGAAGCAAGAGCAGCAGAAGGCAGCGGAUGCUGCUCCAGUUCAAGACACUGCACCGCUUCCUCAGGACACGCCUGACACCACCACUGUAAGGGUCAGUCAGCCCGCACCGAACCAGCCGGAUCCGUUAGCCGCUUUUGCAUCCCAGGAAAGUCGAGCUUUCCAUCGGGAAAUCAAAACCUUCUACGAGCAACACCAGCAUGCAGUGAAAGCCCUGGUGGAUGACGCGUCCAUGAAAACCUACCGAUUCAAUUGCCAAAAAGCAAUUAACACUCCGGUGAAUGCCAUUUCCGCCGUGAGUCGGGAGCAUUUCGUGGAUAAGUUCAACAAACUUGACGCUUUGCUAUCUGGACAACCGGUCAAGACUGGAGAUACGGCCGUUUCGAUCAACGGGCAUCCACUAGGGAAGAUCUACUGUACGAUGCUGCUGGCGAAGAAGUUUGUGGGUCAAGCGGACACCAUGAUUAGCAGCAACGCCUCGGCGGCCUUCCCGAUUGCAGCCAUCAUCGUCGGUCUUUGGCAAAAGUACCCGGAGUUUGGUAAAUUCUUUCUCGCGUACCUGCACAAGGAAUGUCCCUACCUGGUCCCAUACUUCCUGCCUCAGCUGGAAGGACAAUCCCAGGAAGACUACCUCAAAAGUAUCGGCUACCGGUUCUCGGAUGGUGCUCUGGAAAAGCAAGAUCAGUACCUGAAGCGGAUGACCGGUCUGGCUCGGUUGUAUGCCGCGGUGGUAGUGUCCAACCCGAGGCGAGGCGAAACCGCUCCACAUCCGCACAGUAUGGAGUGUGGAUGGCGCUGGUUGUGCAACAUACUGAAUCUGAGCCCUCUGCCGGACAUUUGCGCCACGUUGAUAACGGAAUUCCUGCAGACGGCGGGUCCCUCGCUGUGGGCUUGCUACGGAAAGCAGUUUGUCAAGGUGCUCACAGUGAUUCACGAACAGUAUUUGCCAGCACUCAACAAGGUAGACGAAGGUGGACCAAAGGCACGACUGGAGGGAUUGAUCGCGAAAAUCACCGCCGAAGGGAAGAUCGACCGGCCGGAAGGGAUGCUCAGUCCGGAUUUUUGGUAGUCGAACUGGUAGUUUGUUAAUUUGUGCUGAAUAUUGCCUGAUUACGUGGAUUUGCAACUAUGUUUUUUUACUUAUUACAAGCCGUAUUCCUAGCUUAUUGGAUGAGAUCAAUACAAGAUUAUGAAAUUAGGACAGGAAUCCUUUUCGGAGGAUAGUAUUCACAAUUCUUGCGAGAAGUUUCAUUAACCUCAGAUAAGUUAUAAGAAAUCCGUAGAUCUUCUAGAAAGUUCCAACAUAUUCCAAGAAGCUUAGGGAAUUUACAUGAAUUUUGGAGAUUUUCC